UCUGGCAACCUUGGCAGAAACGUUGUUGCGCUCCGGGAUGUCAAAGCAAGCGGGCCACCAAUGAGCAGGUAGCAAGCAUCGCUUGGAGCCCCCGUUUGAAACGAUUCAAAUCCGCUCUAAAUGAAUCAGUCCCGUCAAAACGGAGAUCGCGGUGGAUUCAUCGACUGAUAGCGCUGUGACGCCUGGCUUGUAUCGGUGAGUCAGCGCGGAACGCGCGCCCGGGGAGAAGUGGUGGAUAUCUCUCUGCGGACUGAAGAGGCCGACCGACCAUCGAGCGGCACGCAGCAGCCCAAGUCCGGCCUCCGCGACGGUCGUGUGUGUGUGGGAGUGCGUGCGCUUGUGCAUCACGGCGUUCGUUUACGGCGCCGGACCCUUCGGCGCGGCGUGCCAGCGGCGAGUGCGGCGGCGGUGUUUACUGCACCGCGGAACGACUAGGGACGGACGGGCGCAUCGUUUGCCGAAGAGCGAGUUUUCAGCGAACAUGACCCUUAAAUUAUUGUGCAGCUUCUGGAGGAUGCCAUCACAGUGGCUAAUAUUCAGCCUCGUGAUUUCGUCUCUACCGGCGUCGUCGUACGGCCAGACCCAGCCGAGCCUGGUGAUCAACCCGAUCGGCGAGAACAAGACUGAGCCCGCUGGCACAGGCUUCGUGCUCUUCUGCACCAAGGGCGCCGGCGAGGCGGAGUUCUCGGAGUUCAAGUGGACCGGCCCCAACGGACAGGAGAUCACCGGCCAAGAGAGCAUACGAGUGGUGCCUACAGGCGAGAGCUACAUCCUGUCCUUCGACAGCCCCUCCCCGCAAGACAGUGGCUCUUAUACGUGCAGCGCCCUCUAUGGGAAAACCAUCCCUCUUUCCAUCACAGUUCACAUCACCUUCUACCAUGACAUCACCUGGGAGGACUGCCCACAGAGCCAGCAUCUGAUUCUGGGCCAGCCAGGCAAGGUUCGGUGUCGCGUGCGAGGCAACCCUGUGCCCUUGGUUAGCUGGCUAAAGGACCGCGAAGAGCUGGACCCCCAACGCUAUGAGGGCAAGGAGGAUGGCAUCUCUGUGCAGACGGCACAGGACAUUGAUCGUGGAACCUAUGUGGUAUCGGCCAUGGUCUCUGUCACGGGAAAGUUCCAGAAGCGCAACAUCACUGUGGAUGUCUACACACAACCAAAAAUUUCACCGACGGUGCCCGACUCUAGUGAGCUUGUUGAGGGGUCUCCAGGCAGCCUGAAGUGUUCUGCCGAGGGCUACCCACCGCCUCUUUUCUACUGGUUUGACCAGGCCAACCGCAACCUGAGUACAGUGAAUGGAUUUCAAGUGGAUCCAAAGGCUGGCCUUCUGCAGGUGACAAGUGUGAGGAGGGAGGACGAAGGGACCUACCGCUGCCAAGCUUUGAACCCGGCUGGCACAGACUCCCGCGAGAUAGCUGUUGCCAUCAUCGUGAAGCCUAGAAUUACGGAAUUCCAGAAUGCGACAGUGUCGGUCGGAGAAGAGGUGAAACUUGAAUGCCGUGCGCAUGGAAAGCCCAUACCGGACAUGAAGAUCCGUCGGGACGGAAACACUCACUUCCUUCUGGACCAGCAUUUCAAGUUUCAGGAGACCCAAAACGACCAGCAGGAAACGGUGUUGACAAUGACCGCGAUGAGCGCGACACGAGAGAUGGACGGCCUCUACUAUUGCUCAGCAGAGAACAAGGCGGACAAGGUGGAGCGCGUCGGGCAUCUCACCGUGCAGUUUGCUCCACAGGUGUUUGCCCGCGAGAACCCCGUGAAGACCUGGGGCCAGCGUCCGGCUGUUCUCGAGUGUGUAGCGGAGGCCAUCCCCAAUGCCACCCUGUCCUGGUUCUACCGGAAGCAGCAGCUACAGGAACGUACGGGACAAUACUUCAAGGUGGAGGGAAGCCGAGGAAGCAGCAAGCUCACUGUGGCACCCACUUUCCCUGACCGCUUCGGUGCCUACGUGUGUGAGGCGCAGAACUUCCUGGGCAAGGGCUCAGUGGACAUCCGGCUGGAAGAGGCACGGCUGCCCGGGGCCCUGCCCACGCCACGGGUCGAGUCACUCACGCCAACCACCAUCACGUUUGCCUUCAUCCACACUGCCGACGACGGGGGCAUGCCCACCACAAAGAUCAUCAUCAAGUACUGGAAGGACGGUGACCGCGAAGAGCUGGCAAAGAUCCAGGAGUGGAGCGACAUGGACCGAGCAGACACAGUGACGGUAGAUGGCCUGGAGCCCAAGCACAAGUACUGGUUCCGCUUUGCGGCCCACAGUGCGGUCGGCACUGGCCCUUACUCUGAGACCCUGUCCCGAGAGACUCCCCCGGAGAUGGCACCUGACCCACCCAUUGUACUGAGCAACGAGAACAGCAUGUACCCCAACAAGUAUGAGAUCCGGUGGGCCAUGCCACGUGACAAUGGGCGCCCCGUCCGCCAUUUCCGUGUCACCUACUUCAAGGUGGACAAGCGGCCGGGCAACAACUUUGUGCGUGCCGAGGAGCCCAAGGUGAUCCAGGUCACCGAGUGGCACAAUGUUCCUCGGGUGGAACUGCGCAACCUCAGUCCCGAGAGCUACUACCGGGCCGAAAUCGAGGCCUACAAUGACAUUGGCUACAGUGAGCCUGAGAGCAUGGUCUUUCACACUGCCAGAGACCCCUCCAUCCAAACACCAGUGAUCCCACCCAACUUUGCUGGCGAGGUGCCCACGGAGGAGCACGGCGGGCAGCAGAGCCGUCUCAGCGGCCUGGGCCUCCCGCUCACCACGAUCAUCAUCAUCGUCGUGGCUGCGGUGUUGCUCGUGCUGCUGCUGCUCGAUGUGGUCUGCUACCUCCGCUUCCACUGGGGCUUCCUCUACUGCCUGCGGCACUCGUGCGGUGGAGGGCAGGCGCCGGCCAAGCCCGUCGCAGAUGACGCCAAGAGCAGCCCUCCCACAGUGACCGAACCUGAUGGAGGGAAGACAAAGCCGAAGGCUGAGAAGUCAAUUUCCACUGACAAGGAGUUGUUGAGCACACCCGAUGAGAAGACGCGAGAUGCUGCUGAAGACACUCCCAUGAUUGACACCAAAGGGCUUAAGGAUGGCAAACAUGACCUGAAAUUUGAGCCUGCUGACAAGAACCAUGCACUGAAGGGUUCCAAGUCCAGCAUUGCCAAAGACAGCAUGGUCUGACGCCGGGAGGCCGACUCCCCUGUCAUGGAGUGGGACGUGCGCUGCCCCUUGGCGGUGUCUGGAGUGCCCACACAGGUCAGCGUGAUCACUACUGCAGCUAGGAGCUGAAGUGAAGAACAGACAGGACUUCUCCGAAGUUGCCUUUUUUGGCUGUUCGGUGUUUGACCACUCGCUCACCAUUUUAGUUGUGAAGGAAGUGUAAAACUCCAUUUCAUUUCCGCCAUCGGUUUUUCUUUUAUUAUUUUAUUUUACAAGUAGCACAAUGUGCUGCUUUUGUUGUGCACAGCUAAUAUGUUUUUGUAGUGAAGCAUUUUGAGUGAGCCAGUCUUGUUUCACUUCUGUGCAGACGUCAGUUCUUGUCUCACAUUGCCAUGAUUGAAUUGUUUGAACAACUCAGUAGCUUCACUGGACUAGUGUUGUUGUAAUUGCUUGUUCAUUUAUUACCAGGAUCACUAAGUUGCCUUUGUCUUCAGGGAUUGGAGGUGUGCGCCAUUUAUGUGCCGUGGAGUGCGUUUGGUUUAUUCACUGAUGUGGGGGCACACUUGACACGUUGCCAGCACUCUGAGCACAAGUGUGGAGAGACACCGCUCUUGUAUAAACGUGGCUCUUGUAUAAACGUGGCCGAGUGCAGGUUCCACUGCUCUUUUUUUUUUUUCGUUUUUGCAGCACUUCUCACUGCGAAUCCGCGCAUGUUCUCGAAGGCAGACUACACACAUUAAUGUUGGACUGUGCUACUGCUUUCUUUUUCUUCCGCAUUGUUGUUGUUCCAGGACACUGCUGUACUUUCGCAUAUUGAAGACAUUGACUUUAUUGCUGUGCUGCCAUCGUCUGUUGUGACAGCUAUCCUAGUGGUGUAUCACAGAGUAAUCACAUCGAACCAUUCCAUGUAAACUACUUAUUUGGAGCAUUCUAGUUUUAUUGUUCUAUGUUUUAUCAUGUUCAACUUGGCCUUCUGAGAAUGCUGUUGGAGAUAGCCUUCUCUCAGAUUGCCCCCCCCCCCCCCCCCUUUUUUGUCCUUUAGCUCAGAAGAGCUGGUUUUAUUUACACAUGCAUAUAAUGAAUAUAUAUAUAUAUAUAUAUAGUAAAUAUUUUUUGAAUGUGGUUUCACUCUGGGGAGUGAAAGAAACUGAUCUCUUUUCUAGUUUCGUGAAUCUCCAGGCCAUUCUCACACUUUCCCAGGUUCCCAGUUCCUUCGUUUUUCUCCUUUUCUUUUUCGAAACGACACGGACGACAUUUGUCCCUUACCCAAGCUCUUUUGUAAUCAACAUGUGUGCGUGUGUGUCUACUUGUGUAAGCAUGCUCGUGCGAAUCUUUGUAAAAAGCAUUUCUCUUCGGUUCUGUUCUUUCUGACCUGCCUGGUCCUGCCACUCUGCCCUGUCCACUUUAGAUGUCAUGCUGUCAUCUCAAGGUGCAUGCCAUUGGAGCUUAAGCUAGUGGAGGGACAGAGACCAGCAUUUCUACGUGACCUUCUGAAGCUCCCCACAACCAGUUCUGGGCUGGUCUGUAAUGGCCGGUAGCCAAGAGUGUGAGCUUUCAAAGUGCAGUUUGACGAUGCAUCGCACAGUGAUAAGGCAUUUAACCUAAAGGCUUCGCUGAAGCCCGAAGCCAAAGGUCUACGGCCAGUGCCAUUGCUGCUCUCUUCAUACAGAUUCUGCCCAGCCAUUGUGCUUGGUGUCGCAGCCUGUUGUAUAGCCAUUUGGGUGGGGACACAUAAAAGAAAACACAUUGAGGGAAGACAGUACAGUUUAUGAUGUAAUUAACGGUGCAGUAAGGACAGGGAUGAAGGCAGGUACCGUGGGUCUCGUGUGCCGCACGGCCCUACUAUGUUGCAGUCUUGCCCAUUGUGUAGCAGCAGUGCUUAACGCUGUUACUUAAGUGCUGUGUGUGCGACAGAGGAAUGUGUUGUGUUAUUGCAGCAUGUAAUGACACUGCUUUGUUAAAGACAAGGACGAUGGGUAAUAACUGCUGUGUUGUCACUUUCCUUUUUCCUUGCAGUGCUACUAGUUACAUCAUAAAGGUGUACCAAUUUGCUCCUCAGAAAUAUCUGUGUGAAAUGCCCUGUAAGGCCCUUCUGUUUCACGAUUGCUUCGUAGCCUGUUUGUCCAAAACCAUUUCUCAGCUCAGUCAUAGCUCUCCUCAUCCUGCAGCAUUACUGCCGACCACAGACGUGAUAAAAUGUGAAUGGGAGAAUACUAUGCCACAUAUUGUGGUGUGUCGAAGGUGCUUUGAAAGGGGAUGGGCGCUGGGUGAGAGUUCGUCGCACAUGAAAUCGCUCAAGCCUGACCUAGCGACCAAAACUCUCUUUAGCUGGCUGUUGUUCAGUGAGUAUUUCAAUGGCAGCAUUGUUAACAGCUAUACGCACUGGCAGGAGUUUAUUUUGUGCAGGUUACGUUAACACACUUGCCAAAAAGGAUUGUUAUCACUGUUGGUUCUUUAAGGGGCUUGUGCAGUGUAACAGAUUUGCAUUAGAUUGCAGCCAUCUCGUUGACUUCUGUAUUCGCUAGUCCAGUUUUAGAAAACUAAAUCGUAUGCUCAGCUUUUUAAUAUUCUUAGUACCCUCUUCAGCUACUGUAUUUUUCUACAUCAAACAGCAUGAACACAGAGGUCAAACACAGGUGUUUGUAUAUUAAAAAUAAGAUGUGUGCUCUCAGCAGCGGACUUUUAAAUGAGCUGUUCUCUGCAUCGACCAAAUGUUAUCGUACUCAUACUAUUUAUCUGUCCAUCUAUAUUUUACAAUUGCUGCCUACAUAUGUGCCUAGAGGGUAGAGACGUCACUGAAUGUACUGGCACAGCUGACCUGGGCCUGAUGUACACAGGACAAUGUGCAUGUUGAAAGCAACGAAGCAAUGAAACUAGGUUUUAUUUGCAAAUAACUACACUUGUUUAGAAUAUGGCCAUAAUGAAAAGUAAAAACUGUCCCUGGGGUUUCUCCUGAGCACAUGCCCAGUUCGUACGUAGCACAAGAUUUCACUUUUUGCUCUCUUCAACCUUUGUUUAUCUGCUCUGCGGUGGAGAUGAGCUGUCAAAGUACAUCUUUAGUCAUUGUUGGCUACCGCAAGGAGUAUUUAUGGCAGACAUCAUUGGCCACUGCCGUGAACAUGUGUGCCUGUCUGUGCUCGUCUUCCGUGCCGUGGAGCAAGGCAGGUUCACUCGCGCUUCUAAAUGCGUGCAGAAGUCAACGAGAAUGGCGGUUCCACUCUUACCGUCCUGGCACUCUUUUCUUAGGAGUUUUAAAAAGAAGGGUGGGUGGGACUUUGCUCCCUUGUUCACGCACUUGUUUGUGGCUGCCUGACUGAGGUGGCCUCUGCGGGAGUCAAAAGUUUGUUAAUUGUGACCGUUUCCUUUGAAGUCACUGCAAGACCACUAUUGUGGAUGGCUACCAGGUGUGCUUGCAGCAAGUGAUCAGAUCCUCUGUUUGAGACAGUGUGAAAAGUCUGUUCAAGCUUUACAAGUUUAUUAAUGAUUCGAUCUGAAUUUGCUUAAAGGUGUGGAAGAAUUUUAACAUGUACAGUGAAGUGCAUUUUAACUUGAGUGCUUUUAGUAGUGCCGUUUUCAUAAUCAAACUUUUCUUUGAAGAACAGUCUUUGCUUUCUGUGAAGUGGUACAGCUAGCUCCACGAUAGUUUUACUUUUUCUUUUAUCAGUGCAAGCUACAAGCUCUGUAGGUCGCGUUGCUGUAUCUUCUUGGCACCGUGCACCGAAUGGCCGUAGUAACAAGUUGUGAAUGGUUGUGUGAUGCACCGUGGAGGUGUGUGUAUGUGAGUGUACAGCCCAUAAGAUCAAAAUUCUGGUUGGUUAUGAAUGGCACUCGUUUUAUGAGCGUAUAUAUAUAUAUAAAUGUCUAUACAUACAUAUAUAUAUAUAUACAUAUAUGCGUUUGCACUGUAGUGCUUGGAUGGCGUUUCAUCUUGUUUCAUUAAGGGUUGUAAAGUUUCUAAGGUCUGCAGCUGGAACUCGGUCUGUGACGUGUGUGCAUUAAUAAAGUUGAUUCAUAAAAAAAAAAAA